AUGAGCGAAUACGACGAUUGGGGAUCAGAACUCUUAAGAAAAGAAUGUGCUGGCCGUGAAAUUGUAAUUAAUACAAAAGAUGGCGUUAAAACACUUGCUGCAAGGUUAGGAGCAAGUGAUAAAGCUGUAGAAAGAGUACAAACAGGGGACGAGACUGUAGAAUUCGAAACUGACAGAGGAGUGUUUGAGCCUUCAAAAACACGAACAAAAAAAAACUGUAGAAGACCCGG